AUGAAUCCAAAUAAUCCUCAUUUUCAUAUGAAUCAAAAUCCUCAUUUUCAUAUGGAUCAAACACCCUCACUAGAAACUUUAAGGAAAGAAUUUAUUCAUGAGUUCUGCUACGAUGAUACUGAAGACAAUCGUAUGCUCGAACUUUACCAUGAAAUACAUGGACAAAGCUCAGCAUCCAUGUCUCGGAAAAGUAUAUACAGAGAUCGUGAAGCAGGCCAUCAACGUCUAGAGAAAGAUUAUUUUUCACCAAAUCCUGUUUAUCCUGAACAGAUAUUUCGACGAAGAUUUCGUAUGGGAAGACAUGUCUUUCUUCGUAUUGUGGAUGCUCUUUCAAAUUUCGAUCCAUACUUUCAACAAAGGAAUGAUGCAGUAGGAAGAAAAGGGCUAUCACCUUUACAAAAAUGUACUGCAGCAAUGCGUAUGUUGGCGUAUGGAAUAUCUGCUGAUGCUGUUGACGAUUAUGUUCGUAUUGGAGAGACUACUGCGAUAGAAUGCUUGAAAAAAUUUGUUUCUGAUGUCAUUACGAUAUUUGGAGGUGAGUACCUGCGAAAACCGAACUCUAAUGACGUACAACGUCUUUUACAGAUGGGUGAGGCUCGUGGCUUUCCUGGUAUGAUGGGUAGUAUUGAUUGUAUGCACUGGCAAUGGAAGAAUUGUCCUAAAGCAUGGAAGGGCAUGUUCAUGAAUGGUCACAAAGGAGUUGCAACAAUCGUACUGGAAGCGGUUGCUUCAUCUGAUCUAUGGAUAUGGCAUGCAUUUUUCGGAGUCGCUGGAUCAAAUAAUGACAUAAAUGUUUUAGAUCGAUCACCAGUCUUCGAUGAGGUGUUACAAGGUCAUGCUCCUGAGGUAAAUUAUACUAUCAAUGGAAAUCAUUAUAAUAAGGGAUAUUAUUUGACGGAUGGAAUAUAUCCAGAAUGGGCGACAUUCGUUAAAACAAUACCACGUCCACAAAAUGAUAAGAGGAAGUUAUUUUCAAAAUAUCAAGAAAGUCAGAGAAAAGAUGUGGAACGAACAUUUGGUGUGUUACAGGCCCGUUUCGCAAUUGUACGUGGUCCGGCACGAUUUUGGGACAAAGCAGAUCUCGGAAAAAUUAUGAGAGCAUGCAUCAUAAUGCAUAAUAUGAUUGUUGAAGACGAGAGGGACACAUAUGCCACUCAGUUCGGUCCAUUACCAAUUUAUGAUGAUGCAACAAAUGGCUUAUCGCAACCAAACCUGGGUGAAGAACCUUUUGUCCCGUAUGAAACGUAUAUUCAGAACACUAUACAAAUACGUGAUAAACGGACACAUCGUCAGCUACAAAAUGACUUGGUUGAGCAUAUCUCGCAGUUCCACAAUAACCGUUGA